AUGUCAAGUGCAUCAGCAGCGGCUGCGAGCAACAACGAUAAAAAGCACGUAGCUUUCGCUCCCGAGGAUAUAUCUGCUCAGCGUAGCACGAGAAAGUCGACAGGCGCCAAACGGUCUUCCCCCGCCUCGUCUUACCGUCCCAAUGCGCCGCGUAAGGUCUUCGGGUUUCUGGUGACGGAAGACUGCAUGAGAGCAUACUAUCGCCUCCAUCCCGAGGACGUCUACCUCCCCAACUGGCAUCCCGACCCGAAGAAACGUGCCUCCCAGAUAGUCGCAGUCAAAGACAUGCUCGAGUGGGAUAUUCCUCAGGCUUGCCGGGAACGCUUUCCUUCUCUGCCCCAAUUCAAGGAGAUUAGGAUCGGCGUGACGGACGGGCGCCGGUACGGCAGUGCGGUCAUUUUGGCGGACACAAUCUCGAAAGACACCGCAUCUCCUCCUCCACCUCACGUCAUCGAAGAGGUGGCGAAGUUCAUAGGUCAGGAGGGUAUUGAGCCGGAGUGGUUUGUGGUAGAUGUCACUGCCGAAUUGUGGCGUGUUUGGGUUGCAACUUCGAGAGCACUUCUGCAGGUGCCAUAA